AUGCCUUUUAAAGUAUUUGAUACCUUCAAAGAAAAAAUUUUGAAACCUGGAAAGGAAGGAGUGAAGAAUGCUGUGGGAGAUUCGCUGGGGAUUUUACAAAGAAAAAUUGAUGGGACCAAUGAGGAAGAAGAUAACAUUGAACUGAAUGAAGAAGGCAGGCCCGUGCAGGCAUCCAGGCCACGCCCUCCGCUCUGUGACUGCCAUUGCUGUGGCAUCCCUAAGCGUUACAUCAUCGCCAUCAUGAGUGGGCUGGGAUUCUGCAUCUCUUUUGGGAUUCGGUGUAAUCUUGGAGUUGCCAUUGUGGAAAUGGUCAACAACAGCACUGUAUAUGUGGAUGGAAAACCAGAAAUUCAGAUGGCACAGUUUAACUGGGAUCCAGAGACAGUGGGCCUUAUCCAUGGAUCUUUUUUCUGGGGUUAUAUUGUGACACAAAUUCCUGGCGGUUUCAUUUCAAACAAGUUUGCUGCUAACAGGGUUUUUGGAGCUGCCAUCUUCUUAACAUCAACUUUGAACAUGUUCAUUCCUUCUGCGGCCAGAGUGCACUACGGCUGUGUCAUGUGUGUCAGAAUUUUGCAAGGUCUAGUGGAGGGUGUGACCUAUCCAGCCUGCCAUGGGAUGUGGAGCAAGUGGGCACCACCUUUGGAGAGAAGUCGGCUGGCCACUACUUCCUUUUGUGGCUCCUAUGCGGGUGCAGUGGUUGCCAUGCCCCUGGCUGGGGUAUUGGUGCAGUACAUUGGAUGGGCCUCUGUCUUUUAUAUUUAUGGUAUGCUUGGAAUUAUCUGGUACAUGUUCUGGCUGUUGCAGGCCUAUGAGUGCCCUGCAGCUCACCCCACAAUAUCCAACGAGGAGAAGACAUAUAUAGAGACAAGCAUUGGAGAAGGUGCCAACUUGGCCAGUCUAAAUAAAUUUAAUACACCAUGGAAAAGAUUUUUCACAUCAUUGCCGGUUUAUGCAAUCAUUGUGGCAAAUUUUUGCAGAAGCUGGACCUUUUAUCUACUCUUAAUAAGUCAGCCUGCUUAUUUUGAAGAGGUCUUUGGAUUUGCAAUAAGUAAGGUGGGUCUCUUGUCGGCAGUCCCACACAUGGUGAUGACAAUCGUUGUGCCUAUCGGAGGGCAAUUGGCUGAUUAUUUAAGAAGCAGGAAAAUUUUGACCACAACUGCUGUCAGAAAGAUCAUGAACUGUGGAGGUUUUGGCAUGGAGGCAACCUUGCUCCUGGUGGUUGGCUUUUCCCACACCAAAGGGGUGGCUAUCUCCUUUCUGGUGCUUGCUGUAGGAUUUAGUGGCUUUGCCAUUUCAGGUUUUAACGUCAACCACCUCGACAUUGCUCCCCGCUAUGCCAGCAUUCUCAUGGGGAUCUCAAAUGGAGUGGGAACCCUCUCUGGAAUGGUCUGUCCCCUCAUUGUUGGUGCAAUGACCAAGCACAAGACCCGUGAGGAGUGGCAGAAUGUGUUCCUCAUUGCUGCACUGGUGCACUACAGUGGUGUGAUCUUCUAUGGCAUCUUUGCUUCUGGGGAGAAACAGGAUUGGGCUGACCCAGAGUCUCUCUGUGAGGAGAAAUGUGGAAUCAUUGACCAAGAUGAAUUAGCUGAGGAGACAGAACUCAACCAUGAGACUUUUGUGAGUCCCAGAAAGAAGAUGUCUUAUGGCGCCACCACUCAAAAUUGUGAAUUCCAGAAGAAGGAACACAGAGGACAGAGAGAAAUGACCCUCGAGGAGGGAGAACUGACGUCCUACCAGAACGAAGAGGGAAACUUCUCAGAUAUAUCCUAAUGUCUGAGAGGUGCUUCUGUCUUUUCCUCACAUUAGAACCAUAAAGUAUCCAUACUGAUUGCCUUCCUCAGAGUCCAGCUUGCCAGGGGGCCACAUA